ACUCGCCAAAAAUCAGUGAUCAGUGAGUGGUACGAGUAUAAACAUACAAUUUAGUGAAAAAUCGAACGAAAAUGUGGUUCGUUCUUAUAGUUCUUGCUCUCGGUUUGUACAUCUACCGGAAAAUUUUCCAACCGCUGCAAUUUUGGAAGGUACGCAAUAUACCAUACGAAAAACCGCUGCCGAUAGUAGGAAAUCUGCUAGACUCAAUACUUAAACGAAAAUCAUUGAGCGAAAUUUUGACAGAACUGUAUUUCAAGUAUUCCAAGCACAGAUACUUCGGUUUCUUUUCGUUUCGUACUCCGACCCUUAUGAUCAACGACGUGGAUCUGGCGAAACAGAUCUGCAUUAAAGAUUUCGAAUACUUUGCCGACCAUCGCAUAUUCAUUCCAAAAGGUAUUGACAAAAUGUGGGACAAACUGAUCUUCAUCAGAGAAGGUGCCGAAUGGCAAGAACAUCGGAAAAUUUCCAGUGCCUCCUUCACCCUGGGCAAAUUACGGGUCAUGUUCUCCAACCUGAGCAAGUGCGCACAGCGAAUCAUGACCAGUCUUCACAAAAACAACAAAAUGGUCACGGGAAACAUGCGUCCUUUUAUAAUGAAGAUCGCUAACGACUUUACGCUCGACGCCUUCAUGGGAAUUCAGUGCGAUUCGUUUAAUGAUCCAGACAAUGCGUUACUGAAGGUGGCCGUCAACACGUACUUAAACCCACGAAUGAAGGGAUUCCUGUUUUUCGGUACUGCCUACAAUACCUUCCCUUUCUUGACGAAGUUUUUCCAAUGGAAGUUCUUCCCAGACACGGGACGAGAUUUUUACCGGAAAAUCGUUAGAGAAACCCUGGAAUACCGCGAGAAGCACAACAUUACGCGCAUCGAUAUGUUGCAUUUACUCAACGAAGGUCUGUUGGAAAAUCUCAGGGAGAACAAGAAAGAUCCGGAUAACGACGAGGUGCAAGACGAAAUUGUAUCCCAACUGAUGGGAAUGUACUUCGCCAACUUUGACAGUUUCACUCUAACGCUUUGCAAUUGCAUGUACGAGUUGGCCUUAAAUCCGGACAUUCAGGAGAGGCUAAUCAGAGAAAUUGACGAGACCUGGGCAAACUGCGAGGGUAACUUACCUCACGACACUUUAAUGGGGAUGACGUACAUGGAUAUGGUGUACAAAGAGCUAAUGCGUUUGAGAGGCAACGCUAUACUUGCCGAGCGUAUCGUCACGAAACCGUACACCAUUCAGCCGGUAUUACCUCACGAGAAGCCGGUUCACCUGAAAGUCGGACAGGACAUUACCUUUCCGCUUUAUUCGUACAUGCGCGAUCCGAAAUUUUUCCCCGACCCUUACAAAUUCGACCCCGAAAGAUUUAACGAAGAAAAUAAGCACAAGAUUGACAACCGAGCCUACUUACCCUUCGGCGAAGGACCUCGGAAGUGCAUAGCAUUCCGAUUGAUUUCCGUCGAGAUAAGACUGAUGCUGUUCCAUCUAUUGUUGCGAUUUAGAUUUGUGCCCACCGAGAAGACUGUCAUUCCAUUCGUGGAGAGCAAACGGCACAAUAUACUUACCAGCGAGCAUGGAUACUUCAUCAAUAUGGAACCAAGGAAGGACAUUGACGAAACUUAUUUUUAAGUGAAAAGUAGACUGUAAUUGGAUUUAUAUGUGCAAUAAAGAAAUUAAUUGAAAGCCUU